AGACCUUUGAGGUUCUGAUGAGGCAGGCGGAGAAUCACACCAACGUGGUCCUCCAGGUGUCUUAUCAGAAAAUAGCUGAUCCUGCUGCUGGCACGGUGAGGGAGCUCUUCACCGACGUCGGCCUCUUCCUGCUGGGCUCCGAGCUCGACGUCGAUGAGUUUGUGCAGCGCUUCUUCGACGCCCUCCUCCCGCUGGUCUACGAUCACUACAUAAGCCCCGGCGUCGGCGACGCGUCGCCGGGCCACGCCGAGUGUGUGAGGUCACUUAACCGGGUUAUCAAACCGUUUGGUGCGGCGCCGGACCUCCUCGCCGAUCAGAUUGCUGCCUCUGGGGUGUCCGGGAAGCUGCUGCUGCAGGCCCUGCACCUCGGCAUCGAGGUCAUCAAUACCACAGACCAUUUACAGCUGAGCCGUGAAUGCAGGCGGGCCCUGCUCAAGAUGCAGUACUGUCCUCAUUGUCAGGGCAUCACCCAUUCCAAGCCGUGCAUGGGCUACUGCCUCAACGUAAUGCGGGGGUGCCUGGCCAGCAUGGCGGAGAUCGACGCCCACUGGAGGGAGUUUGUUCGCUCGCUGGAGGGCCUGUCAGCGAGGAUGCAUGGAGCUCAGGAUUUGGAGCAAGUGCUUCUGGGAGCUCACACGAUGCUUCACGAUGCUAUCGGGCACGCUCAGAAAAAUGGACCUCGCCUCACAGCGCAGGUUCACAAACUGUGCAGCCCACCAAUCAGGAAGCCCGCUCAGUCGGUCAGCAUCCAGGACGCGAACAGCAGAGUCUCCAUCCCACUGAAAGCUCUGAACAGGCGAUCGGAAGAUUCGCUGUCUGUCAUGAGGAAGGACUUUCUGAAGACUCUGCGUGCCUUCAGCACAUUCUACGGCGGCCUGGCGGAUCAGAUGUGUUUGCAGGAGCUGUCGUCUGGUGACGGGGUGCCCUGCUGGAACGGGACCAACAUUGUGAAGAGCUAUACACGGCGUGUAGUUGGCAAUGGAAUCAGAGCCCAGAGUACUAACCCUGAAGUCAAAGUGAAAGGAGAGGACCCUGUAAUAAACCAGAUCAUCGACAAACUGAAACACAUCAAUCAGUUGUUGCAAGGAAAGACCAUCCCUAAAUUGGGAUCACUGGACCAGAUUGAAACAGGAAGUGGGGAUUCAGAAGGACAUUCCAGCGGCGACUGUGAUGAUGAGGAUGGGUGUGCAGGUUCAGGUGGCAGUGAGAUGAACAGGAAAAACUCCAGAAUGAGUCCAGAUGUGACCAGUGAUUACAAACAUCAUCAUUAUCAUCAUCCACCUGCCAAGGAUUCAGAAAUAGAUGGCAACUCUCGCAGCCUCAGACUGACUGCAGCCGUCUGGGUCCUAGUAUUGCCUUGCUUACAUAUGAUCUUGGACUUGUAAAAGCUGUCUCUUUGCACCGUUGAAGAUUAAAUUUAGACUUUAAGCUUGUGAGGCCCAAGAAAAAAAGCCAUUGGACCUUCAAUAGUUACCAUACAACUUGGACAGAGCCUCUGCUGAGCUAAGUGUAAAAUUGCAUAUCUUGUCUUGAGUGUACAAGUUAUUUUUAAUAAGGUAAUGGGCAUUUAUAAACACUGACAAUGACAUAUUUAUAAUAGGGAUGAUAAGUAAAUAACUAUGUUGUAAAUGUUUGUUCUGAAAUGAAUCGCAUUACUGUACAUUUAGUAAAUACUCUGUAAAUAUGUAUGCAAUGCUGUGCUUCUGCAAAGUACAGUACAGAUUGUUUUGAAAAGGAAUCGAUUUCUCCUGCAGCUGCAAUAUUUGUAUAUGGUGAAAUUGAGUUUUUAUAAAAGGCUGUCAUAACAAUUACUCUGUGUGAAAACUGGCACCCAUUUUCUAUGCAAAAAUGUUUUAUGUGCAUAAAAAGCCUUAGUAAACCAUAA